UCCCGCUCUCAUCCAUGGCGAACCAACUUCUCCUCUGCACCAUCUUAGUGUUCUUCAUCUCUCAUCAACUAUCAUUAUCAGAAGAAGAUUCGACAGUUCCUAGUUUUGCAUUCAGUUGGGUGAACAACAAUGAUACAUUUAUGGCUGGAUCUGUUGCAACCAUAAUCGUGAAAGUUAUUGGAAAUUUUGAUCCUGCCCAACUCAAGCACCCUUUCAACCCCAACAUUAGUGUCAAUGAUAAGAUGGGAAACAGUUCUUACAUUUCCGGUGUUUCGUCAAAUUUUGGUGCUAAUUUUGGGGAUUGGAGGAUUUCAUUCAUUCCCAUUAGGACUGGGUUGUUCAAUGUGUUGAUUACUGAUGAUCACUUCAAUGUUUUUGAUUCUUCACUGCAUUUUCAUGUCACUCCAGGUAAUAUGUAUCCAUCUGCAAGCAUUGUGUCAUGGAAGAAUGGAGUGAGUGAAUUUUCAGCAGGAAUGCUAGCUUCACUUGUGAUUCUUCCUAAAGAUGCAUUUGGGAAUAAUAUAUCUUCUGCAACUGAUCAAGGGCUCAACUCUUAUAACUUUACAUUCUCUGUAUCUACUUUCAAUGGUUCUGUUGCAACGAUCCUUGAUUUCACUAAUAAAGGAUGGGAUACAUCUGGUUAUCUUGUUGCCGAGUUUAUUGCAGCUACAGCUGGAACUCUUUUACUUAAUAUACACGGAGAUAACCAAACAUUGAGUGGCUCUCCACUAAUCUUCAUAGUAAAUCCAGGAUUUCUGGUUGUUUCAAAAUGUUUGCUGCAGUGGGAAGUUGACACAAAGUACUUUCAAAUAUUUUCUGUGGUAGAAGGUUUUAUUCACCAGCACGAUCAAUAUGGAAAUCUUGUUCCAGGGUUGUAUGAAUUUGAUGUUGAAGUUAUUGAAAAUGGAACAAACUUGAUUAUUCCUGUGACAGAUAUUCAAUUCAGGCAGGUUGGCCUGGGUAUCCAGUUGUUCUCCUUCAGCUUAAUGGAACCAGGAGAUUUCAAGCUUAUGAUAUAUCAUAAAGAGCAGAAUAAUUCCAUCUCAAAUAUGCCGUUUCAUUUUACAGUGUAUAUAGGUUAUUGUGAUGGAAUGAAUAGUAUUGUUAAUGGGUCAGGUCUAAAUGACUCUGUUGCUGGUGAAGCUGCAAGGUUCUCUGUCUUAUUGAAGGAUGCUUAUCUAUAUCCUUCACUUGUUGAACUAGAAAGCCUGCAAGUAAAAGUAGUGAAUGAAUUUGAUUCCUAUCAACCACAAGCAAGCAUACAUCCAAUGAAGAUGGUCCAUGUAGGAACUCCAUGUGGUACAAAUUUUAAUUGCAGUGCACAUAAUGAUGUGGAACUUGCUUUUACUCCUCUGGCUGAAACAAACCUUGAUACGAAAAACAUGAGAUUUAGUGCCUUUGAUGUUGAUUAUAUACCACAGAGGAGUGGAAUCUAUGAAAUUCGUGUAUUUUGUGGAAAUAUUCCAUUAAAUGGUGGUCAUCCAUUCAGAAAGGCAGUAAGUGCAGGAAAAGUUAAUACAUCUCUUUCAGGACUUGUGAAACCCAGUCCAAAAGUAUCAAAGCUGACAAAGAAUGACAUCACAGUACAACUCAUGGAUUCAUAUUCUAAUCUAGUCCUCCUACAGCAGUCAAAGUUAAAGUUGGAGAUUAGUUCAGUUAACAGCUCAGGUUCUUCAAUAUGGACUUUUAGUGAUAAUAAGGAUGGCACAUAUAGUGGAAGCUACCUGGCAAAGGAUGUUGGCUCCUAUGAGUUGUGUGCCUCUUUUGAUGGAAUGCGUUUAAUGCCAUGCCCCUUUGGUGUAAAUGUAUACACUAGUGAGUAUUUCCCUAGAGUACAGAAUGAUUCGGUCUGGGUCUGGGAGGAUGAUUCAAUUGCUUUUGAUGCUCUAGAGAAUGACUAUUUUGCUGGCCAUAACAUUACCAUUGUUGAAUUUUCAAAGCCAGGUCGUGGUUCAAUUCUUCAAUAUGGCCAUCUCUUUAGAUAUACACCUUUCAAAGGAUUCAACGGGAGGGAUUCUUUCUCUUAUACAAUAUGUGACGUGAAUGGGAACAUUGCCUCCGGUGGUGUGGAUAUAUUUGUUCUAAGUAUCCCUCCUCAGUUCGUUUCAGUUCCAAGUCAAUUGCUGGCAACUGAAGAUGUUAUUAGUCCAAGAUUCGGUGGUUUCUCUGGACUUGAGAUUAUCUAUUCAGAUUCAACUGAAAAAAUCAGCAUUACAUUUAAUGCACAAUCUGGGAUCGUCUUUCUGUCUCCUAUGUUAAUGCAAUUUUGGCAGCCUGCCUGGAGUAUUUCUUCUACGUUCAGAGAGGUUGGAAAGUCUUCUGAGUUAACUUUAACAGGUUGUGUAGAAGAAAUCAAUUUUGCAAUACAGUCGCUGCAGUAUUUUGGAAAUGAGAACUUCUACGGCACUGAUACAAUUCACGUCUCUACGAUGAACACAAAUGGGAAGAACAGUUUAGAUAUUCCUACAUUCGUUGAACCUAUCAAUGAUCCUCCAUUGAUCAACCUCCCUCCUUUCGUUAUUAUGGAUCAAGGGAGUGAAGAAGUAUCUAUUUUUAGCAGAGUCAGGAACAAGUCUGCUGUUUUUGUUGGAGAUCCAGAUCUACUGCAUUAUCCUGGGAAUGUGUCUCGUUUCUUGGUUAUGUUCUCCAUGGAAGUCAGCUCUGGCUUCCUUUCAACAAAGCUUCCUGCUAACCUCAUUAGCACAACUGAAUUAAAAUCUAAAACAAGCUACCAGUGGCAGCCUCUUCAGACAUUUGUAACCAUCUCAGAACAUUUCAUGGUCAAAGCCAAAGGCAUUAGAUUUCGGGGUACACUAGAAGACUGCAACAGUGUCUUGGAGCAAUUGCUAUAUCAUGUGUGUUCUAGAGAUUCUAAGCAACUGUUAUCAUUUUCGGCUGGUUCUUUCCCUUAUAUCUUCCUUUGCUAUAUUGUUGAUGUAUUGUUUCCUGAUAAUAUGGUAGUAUCGUUUACCUAGUCUGCAAUAAGUGCAUCAAGAACAAAGAAUCUAAUCAGAUCUUAUGCUUACUAUCUGUUUUAUAAGACAGCAGGUAAUCAGUACAAGGUGGAAAGAAUUAAGAUUAGUUCUGAUAAUGAUUUUAUUGCCCUCUGAGAUCACUUUUGGUUUCCUGCGGCACUCUUUCAAAUGUAGCCACAUAUGCUGUUCCUGGAACCUCCCCUCCAAACUAGUCUAAUGAACUAAAGAACCAAAACAAAAACCAAGAAACAGUAUUGGUAGAUGUGAUAAACAAUAAUAAUGAGCGAUAUGGUUUCUUUCACUUCACUCUCUUCUUUCAUAUUUUUCUGUUGGUUUUCCAGUUCAUUCGUUUUUUUCUUCCACUAUGCCAAUGAACUACCGAGAAUCAGUAGGUUAGCUAAUGGUAUAUGUACCACUACUUGAGAAGUGGCACAGGGAGUGUCAAAGGCAGUGUCACGAGACAUCAUGAGUGAUCUAAGAUAGUCAGUUAUGGUUUUCUGCAAUGCAGCCUCUAUAAGCACAUUUUUCCCUUUUCUCCUUUUCUAUGACUUCUUUUAUGGCUAGUUAAGGACUCUGUGAACAAUAAUAGAGGCUUAGAUGAUAUUUGUAUUUAUAUUGUAUGACAUAUACUGAAAAUCCUUGGAGAUGUUAGAGUUAAAUUUGCAAAUGGAUAUGUUAUCACUUCUACAUUGUACUGGAGAAUUGCGGACUCAUUCUUUGUCAUAUAUGUUGCUAUCUAUCAUGUUCCCUUUUCAUGUUCCGAUCUGCAUAACUACAUGAGUUGCUUUGCAGGGUAAUGAACAUCGUGCUAAUCUUAUUGUGACGGUGAAUGAUAUGGGGAACUAUGGGUGCUACCCAGGCUGCACCGAUUUGAUGUCAAUGCCUCAUUUUGUUGAGGUUGAAGUUAGU